AUGCCGGUCGCCAGAGAUGUCAACCCUACUGUAACUGCCAUUGUCGCCCUAGCCUUUGAUGACAGUCAGCUCAUUCACUAUUUGAGAGGAAACGCUCUUGAUGGCGGUGGGUUCGAUAUCUCAGGCCUUCUCGGCGUGGAGAACCUUUCAAACGACCAGCUAAACGAGCAGGCCAAGAAACUAAGAAAUGCAGCUUCUACGCUAGAUAGUUCGACUCUGGACACUGAAGAUCUUUUUACGCGCCUAACAAAGGUAGCUGAUGAGCGGAACGACUCUUCAGACCAUGAUCUCCCACAGUCGCCCGCCGAUUCAUACUCGUCAACCGCUACUAUGCCGCCUAUUUCUGUUAUGGCGCUUGAAAUUUCUAGCCAUCACGAGCUCGUUAAUGACGGCGGUCGGCCUGUCCGCUCGAUUGAAGAUCUUUCAUACAUCCUUGAGGAACCUAUGACCAGGUAUAGAGCCAUUAUAUCAUGGCUCAGCGACGACCCAGACUCUGAGAUAGGGGAUGGGGAGAUGAAGACAGUCUUUUCGAGGCAGUUUACGCGGUGGUGGGACUUUUGA